UCACUUCUCGAGCGGUUAAACCGUUCACGUUUGCCGCCAUAUCUGAAAAUUGUUUGAGAUUACAAUUUUGCGAUUUCAGUUUCGUCUCAAACGUAUCAUCAGUUCACAUGUUUCAUGUGGGGAAACCAAUAAAUCGUUUAAGAAGAUGUCUGUAAUCAAACCGAGAAUGUUAUUUGGUGUGGAGGAUGACGGUUUAAUCCAGCGACUGGAUUUUAGUGAUGGUGAAUCCGAAUUUCAAUCAGAUGCCAAUACGGAUGAUUUUGAUUAUACGCCAAUGGACCAUUAUGUAUCUCCUGCUGCAUAUGAAUGUAGUCCUAUCCUAAGAAAUAUCCGUGCAUUUUCAAGUGAUGGUGACGAUGAGAAAUUGGAUUCGUCGACAGAUUCUAUUUUGAGCGAUUUAUGCAGCACUGCAAAAAGACCGACAGUCCGAAAAAAUCUAAAUAGGGGUGCUGCUGUUCAAUUGAGUGUCGACAGCACGCCCCCUUACAAAAAAGUCAGAGCCUUGAGACUGUUUGGUUCACCUCAGUCUCCUAAAACCUUACUGAAGCAAUCCGAACUGUCAGCUGUCGAAAGUAAUAGGACAUUGUCAAAAUAUACAAACGAUUCAAGAACUUCAAAAGUCGAUGUGUAUGAUCAUAAUCAUAACUUGGACCGUGGACGUCGUUCUAAACAAGUAUUUUCCCCCCAGUUGAUUUCAGAUUCAGAAACAAAUAUUAAUCCUUUUACACAAACAGCAUUGUUUCUUCAUUCAAAUGGUAAAAGAAGAAGAGAUAGUGGAAUUCACAGGAUUUCAUUCAAUGAUUCAGUUGAAGACUCAUAUUGUGAGCAUGAUGUUGAGAAAGAGAUACACCCACCUAAGCGCCUUCACAUACGAGGAAGAAGUGCCUCUCGUUAUGAAACUGAAUUUCUUGAGGUGGAACAGAUUGGCUCUGGUGAAUUUGGCAGUGUAUUUAAGUGCAUCAAUAGGCUAGAUGGUUGUAUUUAUGCAAUUAAAAAGUCCAGAAAACCUCUGAAAGGAACUUCUGAUGAACGAACUGCUCUGAAUGAAGUGUAUGCCCAUGCUGUUUUAGGUCAUCACAAACAUGUUGUGAGGUACUAUUCUGCAUGGGCUGAAAAUGAUCAUAUGUUAAUACAGAAUGAAUAUUGCAAUGGUGGGAGUUUGGCCCAAGCAAUUGAAGAAAAGUCGAAACAGCGGAUACGUUUUUCAGAGUCUGACGUCAAGCAGAUACUUCUACAUAUUGCAUUAGGUUUACGUUACAUUCACAGUUUAAACUUAGCUCAUAUGGAUAUAAAACCAGGCAAUAUUUUUAUUACUAGGAAAGUUAAACUUAAUAAUGGAUCCCCAAAUUCUGAUGAUGGUUUUGUGGAAGAUGAAUUUGGUGAUGAAGGAGUGACAUAUAAAAUUGGGGAUUUAGGACAUGUGACAUCCCUUGCAAAUCCUGAAGUUGAAGAAGGUGAUUGCAGAUACAUACCAACAGAACUUUUACAAGAUAAUUAUUCAUGGUUACCAAAAGCUGAUAUUUUUGCAUUGGGACUAACUAUUUAUGAAGUGUGUGGAGGUGGGCCAUUACCUAAGAAUGGCGAAGAGUGGCAUGCAAUUAGAGAAGGAAAAUUAUGUUAUUUAUCAUAUUAUUCCAAAGAUUUAAAUGAACUUAUUAAGCAAAUGAUACAUCCAGAUCCUGAAAUGCGUCCAAGCAGUGCAGCUUUAGUACAGAAUGAAACUUUAGUUCCAUAUGCAUGUAAAACUAAAGAGCAAUUAAAUAAAGAAUUAAAUGCUGAGAAAUUCAAGAAUCAAUUACUUUCAAGGGAACUUGAGAGAGCUUCGGAAUCUUUGAAGAAAAAAUCUAAGGAUGGUCGAGUAUGUAGGCUGGUUGGUGGAAAAGUUAAUCGAAGCAACAGUGUUACUAUUUUUUAGAUUAAGAAAGUUCUCUUUUAAUAGAAGUUUGUAAUAUUAAAUGUAAAUAUCACAGCCUGAUCUGCAGAUUUACUAUUUUAAGAGUAUUAAAGAUUGAUUUUUAAAAUUGUUACCUUUCAAAGAAUAUAAAGCUUAAUCAUACUUCUACAUAAUUGCUGUUUAGGUAGUUUUGAAACUUGGUGAUAUAUUCCAUUUUUAUAGCAUUAUUGCAUUUUUAGUCUUUCACAAACUUUUGCCUUAUUCACCAGAUGACAAGUCAUUUAGAAGGAAAUCGCAAAGGAAUGUUUCUUAUAUUUUUCCUAAUUCAGAAUAAAAUAAAAUGUGCAUAUAAAAUUUAAUCUUUUAAAAAGUGAUAUCAAAUGCUAUGGCCAUUGUACUUUUUUAGUUGUCUCAAAAUUUACCUCUGGAAUUGUUUUUAAUUAUUGGCAAAUCUUCAGUUUUAAAGGCCAUGCCGGUUAUAUCAGUUUUUAAAAGGCUAGACCAAAUAUUUUACUUCUGAUAAUGUUUGUUCUUAAGCAUAUGUAUCCAAUCAGUAGCAUAAAAACGACACUUGGUUUUUCAAGUAUAUAAAUAUGUCUGUUAUUCUUUUCCAGUAAAAACUUAGUUUUUAUUCAAUGUGAAAGUUAGUUUUGUGUUUUAAUGUGCCAUUUAUUUCUUGUUCCUAUUAAUGGUUGAAAUGUAAUUAGUAUUUUGUAUAUAUUUUAUGCAUAUUUAUAGUAUAUGAUUAAUUAUUAAUACUACAUAAAAGUAAACUUGCAUUUCAGAUGUAAAGAUUUUUAGUUCUGAAAGUUUGAAACAUCCAUUUAUAAUUUAAAAUUCGGUACACAUUUAAUGUUAGUUUCAGUGUAAUUAAUAGUUGCUCACAAAAUCUUUCUUGAACUUCAAAUGUAAUGUGUGCCAAACUAUAAAAUAAUGGAGUUUCUUAAGAAUUGUUAUCUUCACUAAUGUGUGUAAAUGCUAACACCAUACUAUUUAAUAUGAUUUAAGAAUAGUUUGAAUGGCAAGAAUUCAUUAGAUUUUAGUUUAUAAUGAACAGCAUUUUUCUAUAACUGUGCUUUUAAUAAAGUUAUCAUCAAAUUAACAUUUAUAAUUUAUGUAGAUAUGGAAACCUAGUUAACUGUGUGUACUAAUGUAAAUUUUGGUAAGAUGUUAUGUUUGAAUGUUUUUUAAAAGUACAUCUAAAUAAUUGAUCAACAUUUUUUAACAGAGAAACACAUUAAGAAUAUUUAAGAGAACAAAACUCUUAAAAAUAAGUACUUUUCUGUUAUCCUGAUCAGAUUCAGAAUUGUAUGUACGUACACACAUAUAUGUACAUGUUUUUCUGAAUCUAGUCCCCCGAUAACAAAGUACCAAAAAAAUUUUUUUUUUGAAAUUAUAAAAUUUUUACUCUAGUUGGAAAUAUUUGUUAUUGUAACUUUCUUGUUAAUAUUUGGGAUUUUACGUAGAUUCAUGUUUAGUUUUCAUGAUUAUGCAUUUAAAUUUUUUUAAGAAAGUGAAAGCGUAUUUAUUUAAAGCUUGUUCCUUUUAAGAAUUUUUAUACCACAAAACUGUUAUUCAUGACGAUGCCUAAUUUGUCUGACAUUGCAGCCAAGCUGUAUUAUAAUUAAAAUGGAAAUUCCUAGCAUUUUAAUUAUAUAUAUGGAAAUGCUGUAAAAUGUGUUUGUGUUCUUUAGGCUGUUUUUAAAUUAAAGAGAAAAAAAAUGUUUUAUGAAAACAUGUCCAAAUUUUAAAACAUAAGUAAUAAAAGAAAUUACAUUUAUAGAAAAUUUAGUUUUCAAUACCGAAGAAACUGUAUAUGUAUCAGAUUGUUAAUAAAUAGAAAAUUGUAUUUUUUUAUUCAUA